UGUCAAUCAACUUUAACGCGACCGCAUUAAGGAUCCUUCGACUCUUCCUAUCUCCUCCUCCAUUAUACCCUCGUCGAUUGAUCUCUCUCACCUUAUACCAACGACCUCUCAGGGUACCCCCCGCCAUCACCAGAAAUCCAAGAUACCCCCCGUCUCUGUCUCUAUGGCAUCACAAGCACCCGUUCAACCGCGCCAGUAUUCCGGGAGUUAUCUGCCAAAUGGCGGAGCUCCAUCAGGCCCCGCUCCUGGCGCAGUUCCUCUUCUUCCAAACCAAGGCCGCGUGAUACAACAGGGAAGCACGAGAGUCCUCUGCAUUGCUGAUGUGCGAGGCAAUCUCCAGUCGCUGAACCAACUCGCCGCGGAUGCAAGAGCAAGCUACAUCAUCCAUACAGGUGAUUUCGGUUUCUAUGACGACCGCUCUCUCGACCGCAUUGCCGAAAAAACCCUCAAGCAUGUCGCACAAUACUCCCCCCUACUUUCCGAUGCUACCAAGCGCUCUAUCGCAUCCGCCCCGCCGCAGCCACCAAUCAAGGAACGGUUUGUACGGGAACAUCUACCGCUCUCCGAGUUACCUCUCUUCUUGAACAAGACCUACACUCUCAAUGUGCCUGUAUACACGGUCUGGGGAGCUUGCGAGGAUGUUCAGGUUUUGGAGAAGCUUCGCUCGGGUGAGUACAAGAUCGACAACUUGCACAUCAUAGAUGAAGCCCAUUCCCGACUCCUCGAUGUCGGCGGCGUUAAGCUUCGUCUGCUUGGUCUCGGUGGUGCCGUGGUCAUGCACAAGCUAUUCGACAACGGUGAGGGCAGAACCACCAUUGCCGGUGGACAAGGCACAAUGUGGACUACUUUGCUACAGAUGGGUGAACUAGUCGACACCGCAAAUCGCGUCUAUGAUCCUACCGAAACUCGAAUCUUCGUCACCCAUGCCUCCCCCGCCCGUGAAGGUCUCUUGAACCAGCUUUCUGUCACCCUCAAGGCCGAUUUCUCCAUCUCAGCUGGCCUUCACUUCCGCUAUGGCAGCUCGUACAAUGAGUUCAGUGUCAACCCCACUUUGGAUCAUUACCGUGGAAAGCUUGCUGCUUCCAAGGCGUCUUUCAAUGACGUUUGGGAUACGGUCAAGUCUGAGGUCGAGCCUGCUGUCUCCGACAGUGAGUCUCAGCAAAGACUGCUGAAUUUGGCUAUUGAAAUCGUCAACAAAAUGCCAUCCGUCGCACAGGGAGGAAACCCCUUCGGCGGCCCGGCUCCGGGCCCUCAGAGUGGCGUCAUUGAUGAGUCGGCCUUCAAGAACAUGUGGAAUUUCAACCUUGCAGAUGCCGCCUACGGUUGGCUCGUUCUGGACGUCGACAACGGUAGGAUAGGCACGGAGAUGAGGGCGCAGGGUUUCAACUUCGCUCAUCGCGGUGGCAAAGCUGCACCUGGACAGCCCGCACCUGGACAGCAACCAGUUCCAGCUGUUGCCAGUACUGCCCCGGCUACCGCCCCAAGCCCAGCUGCCCAACCUUCACCCGCCCAGGCACGUGCCAAUGUGCCUCCAGCCAGCACUCCCCAACAAGGUGCUCGUCAAGCCGUACCCACUCCACCAAUUUCUCAGCAGCAACAUAUCAAACCCGCAGGACAGCCUGCACGAACUGGUCCAUCUCCCGUUCCCGCCGCUACCCCUAAGGAGCCAAUCAAGCCAGCAACACCCCAACCCAGUGCUCUUGCCGGUGCUUCGGCGCCUGCGAACGCCGCAGCGGAGAAGGCAAUUCCAAGUGAGGUCAAGCCCAAUGGAACCUCGGCACCAGAGAAGGGACCAUCCUCGCCCGCGCCCAGGGAGCAGGCCGAGAAGAAAGACAGCAAAGCUCUCUUCAUUGUCAACGUCAAGGACGAAGAGGAGGCCAAGAAUCUCCUCAGCGACGAAGACAAGGCCAAGGUGGAGAAGAUUGAGAAGAUCAAGCACUUCUAUGUGGCGCACUUUGCCACUCCUACCGACAUGACCGCCGCCUUCCAUCGCAUCCCCGCAGAGGUGAAGAACAACAAGUCACCUGAGAAGCCAAGCGUCAAGAUCUACCGUGACCCUGCACAGCGAUACGGUGCCGGGAGCUGGCAGAGCAGCAGCCGAGGCGGAAUCCAAGGCGGGGGAUACCGCAGCGGAGGCGCUUCUGACAGUGAGGGAGGUCGCGGGGGCCGAGGCCGUGGCGGAUUCCGUGGCGGUGAGCGUGGUGGCCAACGUGGAAGAGGUGGAGGUCGCGGACGAGGAUUCCGUGGAGGUCAAGGCGAGGGAGCUUCGGCAUCGACUGGCGAUUCAUGAACGCGUCGAUAGUACACCGUCUGUCGCUGCGUUUGGGUUGACUUUGGCUGUUGAUCAACAUCCGAGCCAGCAGUCAUGCCUUCCACUCCAAAUGUUGGCGGCUCACAGCUGCGCUUCUGAAUCACGCACUUGGCGGAAUUCUCAUAGUCUCGAUCUUUCUUCAGGCUUUUUCUGUGCUGAAGCCGCAUAACUCGUCUUAGCGGGCGCAGGUCUUUUGCGUUUCUUCUCAUUUUCUUUAUCUGCCCCUUGGCGGACGACGGGGCGGGGCGACCGGCGAAGUGGCGGGCUGAUUGAUUCUUUUGAAUCUGGUGUGGAUUAAGGGUUUUUCAAUGGCCGGUCUUUUUCUUCUGUAGAAAGACUUUGAUCCGCAUGUACCAUCAAAACGACUCCUGGGGCUUGCGUUUCUUUCCAAGGUCGUAGAUGGAGAGCGAAUCCCACACUGCCUGUGGACUCUUCAUAGAGUAUGUAUUGUAAUGGAUAAAAG